CGAAGCAACCCUUUGUCCCUCACACCGGUUGCGGUGGCGCGUCGGGAGGAUAAGGUUCGCUGCGGGCUGGCCGAAGGGUCCGGCGGGCGUUGGGGCUGCAAAGCGUCCCCGGGGGAGGGGGAGAAAAAAAAAAAAGAAAAGGGCCGGGAGUAAAGUUGCAGCAGCAGCAGCAGCAGCAACGCCUGCGGGUGGGGCAGCUCUCCAGCGACAAAGGCGUCCCGGUUCACCUCAGGGCAGGUGGAGCCGAGCCAGCCCGUCCAGCAGUGCGUCAAAGAAAGGGAAGCGGAGGAGAGCAGGGCAAGGGCGCCCGAUUCCCCCCAGCUGGCCUCCCUCCUUCCUCUCCCCUCCUGAUUGCAGGAGCUUCGGAGCUGCAACAUGACUCUGGAAGAACUCGCGGGGGAACACCAGACCUUUGGAAGCAUGGAGAAAGUAGGGGACGCCUUGGAGGAAGUCCUAAGCAAAGCCCUGACUCAGAGAAGCAUCACUAUCGGCGUGUACGAGGCUGCCAAGCUGCUGAAUGUGGAUCCAGAUAAUGUGGUGCUUUGUCUGCUGGCAGCGGAUGAGGAAGACAACCAGGAUGUUGCUUUACAAAUUCACUUCACUCUGAUCCAGGCUUUCUGCUGUGAGAAUGACAUCAAUAUACUUCGAGUGAGCAACCCAAACCGGCUGGCAGAAUUGCUACUUCUGGGGGCAGGCGGAGGGAGCGAACAGCCUGCAGACCUACAUUGUGUACUUGUGACAAAUCCACAUGCUUCUCAAUGGAAGGAUCCAGCCCUUAGUCAGUUGAUUGGUUUUUGCCGGGAAAGCCGCUACAUGGAUCAGUGGGUCCCCGUGAUUAACCUUCCUGAGCGGUGACAGCAUUUGAAUGGAACUGAACUGGAUAGCGGAAAAAAGAUGCACUGAAGUUUCAAAAUACUUUAGUAGUUUGCUCAGGAAGUGAUUUCCCAGCCUGACACAAGGGUUACAGUAACUGAUGUCAAGUCGGUAGGUUGCGGUUGGACUACACACUGUGUGAAACUGAAGGAUAUUUAACUUUGCUGGUGGAAGAUGAUGGACCUGAAGUGGAAGUUAUGUUGAGGGAGCAAUCAGAAAUCAUCAGAGGAAGUCUGAACCCUGCAAGAAGGUUGCGAAAGUGAUGUGGCAUAGUUUCCUUAAAGAAAACACACUUAAUAUGCUUUGUUGGAGUUGUCAAAGAGCAACUUCUUAGUUUCUAUACUUGACAGAGUGAAAAAGUUCAUUAUCCUCAAAACAAAUUCUGUUUUGUGUCAACAUUCUGAUUUCUUAAGUUUUUAUUCUAAGAAAUACUAAGUUAUUUUAUAUGGACAAAAGAUUUAUUUAUCCUUACAGGUGUUGAAGAGCAUCCUGCUUGCACCAUUCAUAUUAAAAUGUUUGAACUGAUACCUUUUAAUAAAUUGUUUGAAAUUGGACUAUGUUUUCUGAAAUAAA